GGACAAUCCUUUUUGUCUCCUAUAUUCAUUUGUGUACGCGUUGUUUGGUUAGCUCUACCUUCCAUUCUUUGUUAAGUAUGUCGCCCCGGGGUGGUGUGAUAUCGACUACUACUACAGUGUUAGCACCCUCAUUCAUUUGUUUCUCUUUGGCCUCAUCUUCUGUUCCUAACACUCGUUACCACUCGACAUUCAUUCAUGUUUCACUAUUCUGGACGUCUGGCUGGGCUCGACGAAAUGAUCUUGAAGAUCAGCGCUCCUUCAAAAAUUGCAUCUGCAGUAUCAACAUGUACCCUCGACGGCGAGCCAUACCUUAAGGUCAGGAAGGUCAAAAAGCGCAAGGCUCAGCGGGUAUCUCGUCCACCCCUUGCGGACAAGACACUGCCGGCUGUGAAUCAUGCUGUAUGUAAUAAAAAACUCGCUCACCGGCUGGCCUUUAAAUAUCACUGAACAGUCAAUUCAGCACCCCCACGCUUCUGGGCCCUUAAAGAUACAGCGUAAAUCAUCGGAAAAACCUGCCGCUGUUGAGAAGCCCCGCGAGGAGCAGCAGAAGCUUGUUCCUCCUGACCAACCCGUCACUCACGUCAACAGAUUGCAAUACAAUAUUGAGUCAUUUCGCCCCCUUCCCCCUGUGCCAUCUGCAUCCACACUGCAGCUACCUUCCUUUCUCAAUUUUUCAACCACACAUUCGUUAGCAUCUCCUUCGCCUGUAAAUCAGUGUCGUAACAAGUCUUCCCGCUCCCUCCCAGCCACUAUUUUGUUCCGUCAUUCAUCUAGCCACAUCUCAUCUACUGGACGAGUGGUUGUUCGCAAAACUAAGAACAAAAAGGUUUAUGAAGGACCGCACUGGAUUCCUGCCUUCCACCAUCCAAAUAGUCCUUAUGUUCCGUGGCCAUCUGCCGUACGGCAUCGCAUUCUUCCUCCAUUGAUGCCGGAAUCACCUAUCUCACCUCUUUACUCACGUAGUGGAGCUGUCGCACCAGAGCCAUGGGGCUCGAAUUCUACCACGGAAACACAAACGAAUGUGGAAAAGCGUUCCAGUUCUUGGAAGAGCUUCAAGAAAUCGGUUAGGAGCGGCCUAAAGAGCGUUAAGAGCGUCGUCUCGCGCAUUGGCAAGGUCCCGAAACUCUCCUGUGGGCGUUCAGAUAUAAAGAUGACGAAUCGUAGCGACGACCCGGUCUCAUCUGCGGGUGACUGUAUGGUGUUUACGCAGAACCCAUCCCCAGUCUGCUCUGAUUCUCCUAUCAAAGAUAUCUCUGUCCCACGAGCUUCGUUGAGCAGUCUUGUAUCAUCAGACUCUGCUACCCUAGCUGCAUGGCUAGCUGAACGGCAUACCUCUAACACUUCAUACGAGUCUCCUGGGAUGUCAGUGGAAGAGUACGAGAUGAUGGGUAGUUGGUUGGACUUACGUGUCGGAGAUGGGGAAGGGGUCUGUGGCGUUCCGGAUUGUGAUGCCCAUACUUCAAACGGAUUGCCCGCCACGCUUUGCCACAGACUGCGGGAUUUCCAUUCAGCAGUACCUGUCGACGCCACCUUUAACGAACCUGGGCCGAAGAAGACGACGUUGCCUGUAUCCACGCUGGACCUUCAUUCGUGGCGACAUCCAUUUUACUCCCUUCCACGGCUACCAUCGCAAGCAUUUGUCAUAUCUACGAAGGAAUUGAAGACCUUGGACGACCCGAACGUUGAACGUUUUGUAAUGUCCAAAAAAUCACGUGAAAUAAGUAUGCCUGGAGGAUGGGCGUUCACAUCAUGACUCGCUGUGGACUGAUGUAUAUUUAUGACAAAACCUAGCAUUGUGGCGUAUGUGUACUUGUUCACCCCCAAGUGUACUGGAUGGCACACAAUCUUAUUUUAUGGGUUGUACUUCAUCGAUAAUAACUGUACAGGCAUAUCUUUUCUAUUCUUUUCUAUUUUGUACCAAUAGUCACUGUAGUUUUGUUCAUAAUUUUCAUUUCAUCCGUUUGCUUCCGACGAAGAACAAGAACAAGGCAAUCACUAUGAUGGGACAUCGCCUUGUCCGUAAAAGGAAGGUGUUGAAGAUGGUGAAACCACAAA